AUGGACGACGACGCUGAUCUUUUCCUUGAGAACGAAAAUGAGGGUGAGAUUUUCUCCGACAACGACGCACCCGACGACGACGGCGAAGCUGCUGAUGAUGAAGCUGCUCCAACGAAGGUUCCGGCCACGGUGAAACACCAGAAGAAAACGGUCACCAAUCCACGGCACACACUGAACGCGGCGAGGCUGUGCGGUCCGCGAGGUAUUAUCGCCAUACGAGACCACUUCAAGGGCUUCAAGUUCCAUGGAAAGGGACACGAAGCGGCCGAUCUCAAUGAAAUCAUGCGCCGUUACGAGCACUGGGCGCAUCGGAUGUUCCCAAAGUACCACUUCGAUGACGUGAUUGCUACGGCCGAGCGUUUGGGCACCAAGAAAGAAGUGCAGAGCUACAUGAACCGCUAUCGGACUGGAGUGCUCGAUCAGGAGCUUGCCGAAGCGAGGGAUCGCGCGGACACCAGCGACAGUGACGAUGCGGCCGAUCGUGGAGAUGAGGGAAAUCGCCUCAAUCAACCCCUGGAUCCACUGGACAGUAUGCUCGACGAGCAGAUUGCCCUUUCUCGGGGCCGUGCCACGUUUGGCAACACAUCCGGCGUGGGAAACCUUUCACUGGACACUACGUUCGAUGCAGUUAGAAAGGAUGGGGCCAGUGAAACCGUUGCCCCAACGCCAAAACCGCCCGCUUUGAGUGAAGAACUGAGAGCGAAAAUCGACGCCAACCGAUUGAAAGCCCUGGAACUAAGGAAGGCACGUUUGCAGGCCCUAUCAAACGGACAAACCGAAGGGAAACCCACAGAAUCGAACACUGAAGCUCUUCCCGCGGACAGCGGGGCGCAUGCGAGCAACGUCGGAGCACGAAUGUUGGCCAAGUUGGGUUGGUCGGAGGGUAAGGGCCUCGGAAAGAAGGAGGACGGAAUGCUUAAUCCGAUUCUACCACAGCAGAAGCGGGACAACGAAGGUGUAGGAUACGCGGGAGAAGACGACAGUGGCUGGACGCAGCACGAUGCCGGGUUUAACGAGCUGCUCAAACGUUUGAACGGCGGUGGUGAGGAAACCACGGCCGAAGCCGAAACAGAAACUGUGUUGGAUUCAACUACGCAGCUGCAGUCAUUAGAGGAGCGAUCGAAAAAAUCAAGGGCACGGGUGCACUACCGAAAGUUUACACGGGGCAAGGAUCUCAGCCAGGUGAACGAGAAAGAUCUUGCCAACAUUUUCGGCAAACGAUCAAUGGCGGAAAUGAAUAAGCCCGCCAAUGAAGCCAAAAGCAAUGAUGCGUCUGCCGAUGGUAGUGAGCACGAAUCCGAAACGGAGAAAACCAUCUUGGGUCUAACGACUAUCAAGUCGAGCCUGUCGAUGCAGGAAUAUUUUCAGCAGAAAAUGAAAAUGAAGCAGGCGGUUAUGGACAGCGAAACGAUCGCCAUGGACGAAAAUCGCACGCAGCGUUUGCGCGUCGCGCAGUCCAGAAGGUUAGAUGAAUAGGAGAGACAGAGAGCGAGAGAG